AUGCUUCUGAAAACUACCCUUUUUACAUUAUUCACCAUAUACUGCGCCGUAGUAUUGGCCAGUAAAUAUUCUAUAACAAUUACAUCGGAAGACACAACGUACAAACGUGCCUACCAGAAUUCUCAAAGUACUACACCUAAGGAAGCGAAUAAUCAUAUUUCAAUUCAAGUAGGAAAUGGGACAAACUCAACAGAAUUAUUACAAGAAAUAUUUGAAGCCAACUCAUUGCAAUUUACAGAUGCUCCAGAUUCCCCAACCUUUUUCAAAGCAAAGGAGACCAAGAUAGGCUUUGAUAUCGUUAAGGCGAUGCUCCCGGACUCUUUAGCUAAAAUGGAUGAUCCCAGUGAUAUCAUGGAGAUUAUAAUGAGGGAUGGUAGAUUUGCUAAUGUUAGACAUAUAAUAAAAGAAAUUAUAGAAGAUUUCGAUGAAGACGAAAUUUAUUAUGAUGAAGAUGAAGAUGAAGAUGAAGAAGAUGAAGAAGAUGACGGUACUAAUGAUUUUUACUUCGAUGAUGAAGAAGAAGAAGAUGAUGAUGACAAUUAUGAAGAUGACGAUUAUUAUUUCAUGAAGAGAAAUAAAAUAAUGAGAAAAGAUAAUAAUUUUUUUACUCGGAAUGUACCUACAUCAAUACUAUUACAAACACAAACUGCUCGAAGUACUAUAGUUUCAUGUACGUCGUUCUUUGAAAAUAAUAACUCAAGAUUACUCAAUCUCAGCAGUGUAGAGACGAAAGAAACUUUCUCAGUAACUUCUCAUGCAAUCACUACUCAUUUCCCUUCUCGACUGUUUGCCAUGACAAGUAAAAAUAACCCCAAAAUAUUUAAUAAUAACAACACCAUCCCAGAAAUGGAAAAUAAUAAUGAAGCAAAUAAACGGUUUAGCUUCUUUUUAAAGCCGUACCAUUUAGUUGCUUUUCUUUUUCUUUUAAUGUUAUUAAUUUUUGAUCAGUGA